CCAGGAGAGAAGAGGAUCCUUAUGGGGUCAUGAUUGACGGGCCUGCUAUCCCAUGUGUGCUGGAUCUCAAACUGAACUUGCAUGUUAGGGCUGAAAGGAGGGAGAGACAGGUAAGAGAAAACGGAACGCAGUUUGGUGACGCUUUCUUGUACACACCGGAACAAUAACGCGAUGCACGGCUUUGCUGCCAUUGGCUGAUGCUUGUCAUCCAAACGGGCGGCGCAACAAGUACGGUGCGCCUGCAACAUGGAAACAGACGUGGAGUUUCUACGUGAUCAAGUCCGCAGGCUAAAUUCUGCUCUCAGCCAGUAUCAGCGUGGGGAUCAUGUGCAAAUCAAACCAGCUCAGGUUGACGGGGAAAAUGAGACGGAGUUCCCUUCUCCAUGGCUUUCAGAUAAGAGUAUCAUGGCUCCACUGAUAGCUCAGUAUGAUCGGCACAUUGAUGACAUGUCUGUGCAGCUACGUAAGUACCAGGUGUCCAUGACAGAUGUCAAAGCCAGGUUGGAGAGCGUUGUCCAAGAAAAUGAAAGGCUACAUGCAGAACUGAGGGAAUCCGUGGAGAAGCAGCUUCAGUCACCCUUCAAGACCUCCGGAGUGGAGUUUGGCACAGUAGAGGAUGAAGCGGUCAUUAAAAACCUCCAAGAACAAGUCAAACUGUCCGAGCAGGAGCGGAUACAGGCAAUGGAGUUGUGGCAGACAGCAGCGCUGGAGCUUGAUCACCUUCAGGAGUUCCACCGGAAGACCCUGGCUGAUGGACAGAAUGCUGACGCUAAGGAACAGCAGCUCAAGGAUCAGAUCGUGCAGAGCCACCAGCACUCAAACAAACUCCAAGUGGCUAAUCAAGAACUACAGUUGACCAACCAGCAGCUUCUGAAGACUGUGACGGAGCAGAGUGCAGAGAUGGAGGGGCUGCACAGCCAGCUCAGAGCAAGCAAAGCCGAUGUGAGAACAGCCACAGGCAGAGUGGAAGAGUUGGCCAAACAGCUCCAACUUGUUCAGCACCAGAUAAAGAGACAGGAGGAAGAUGUGGCUGAGGCUCAGAGCCGAGAGGAAGCAGCAGAGAGACAAAUCCAACAGCUUCAGUCAACCAUCAGACUGCAAGAAGCAAAACUCAAAACAACAUCUCAGGAAGCAGUGGAUGUUCGAGGAGAGCAAACUGUGUUGGAGAAAACAGCAGGCGCCCUGAAGGUCCGAUGCACUACCUUGGAACAGGAGAAAUACGAGGCUUUUGAUAAAGUCCGAGAGAGUGUGCAAGUGGCUGAGGAGGCGGUACUGCAGAAGAAUGAGGCACUGUUGAGAGAGAAGCAAAUAAUCGAGGAGCUUGAACAGACAAAGAAAGUAAUCCUACAGUUAAUCCAGGAUGCUGCAGUCCGCACCAGGAAAGAGGUGGAUAAUGCACGCAAGCAGUGCAACUCUGAACUCCGUGGAAUGGCUGAGGAGCUGUCGUUAUUGCAGCUGGAGUGUGCAGAAAAAGAGUCUCAGAUUGAGAGGUCUAAGCGAGAGAGAAAAUCUCUAGAGGAGGAACUAUCGAAGGCACUUAAGGAGAACCAGGCAGAACCAGAGCUUGGGAAAAUGGAUGCCCUUCACCAAAGGUGUCUCAAUGCAGAGAGGAUGAAGGAAGAAAUGAGCAUCUCUUUACAAAGUACCCAAAACAAACUAAAGAAGAUGGAAAUUGAUUACAAUGAGGAGUUGUCCCGCAGCCAGGAGGAAGUGCAGCGGCUUCAGGGUUGUUUGGCUGCGGCCCGAGAGGACUGGGUCAGAAUCAGCGACGAGCGAUUCCAGUUGGAACAGGAGAACUUGCAGAUCCACAGGGAGAUGGAUGAGCUGCGCAAGGCCUCCUUGCUCGUUCGCAAGAAAGCCAAACAACAGGUAUCGCAAAUGGAGCAAGAGUGCAGCCUAAAGGAGAAGACACUGAAAGCACAGAUGAGCGACCUGGAGGAGAGCAGUCGCAACUCGAACGCUGACCUGAUGCGCCUUCUCACAGCACAGCAGAAGAGCAUUCAGCGCUGGAAAGAGGAGGCAAAGAACAUGGCCGAGGCCUUUGAAAAUAAAAUCAAAGAUCUAAAGGCAGAGCUGAGUCAGCAAAAACAGCGUUCUCACGACUUAGAGCUGCAGUUGGCAAAUAAACAGGAUACAGUUGCUGAGUAUGAGAGACAGCUAGCAGAGUACCAAGAGAAGGUUCAUCGCCUCCAAAGACAACUUACCCAUGUUGAGCAACGUGCAUCUAUGGCUUCACAACAGAUGACAGUUAUGGCGUCGAAGCAAAGAAAAGCAGCUGUUAGUGACCCAAAGACUGGUUGAUGUAGGAUUAUCUUUUGCAUCAAAUAUGAUUUUGUUUUCACUAGUCAGUGAAACUAGUCACUGUUUCAUUUAAUGGCAACAGGCAAGUUAUGAUGAUUAGAUUAUAAUGUGUAUGUUAGAUGAAAGUAGUUGCAUUUCCACACAAGGUUUUAUAUAGAGUAUCUACGGUAUAUACAUAUAUGGGUAUCCAGGUGUGACACAAAGUGCACAAAUUAUGUAGUAUAUAUUUAUUCACUUGUAUAUUUGUUUAAUACGCUCGCAAAUUCAAAUGCAAACGUUUUAUACAAUGAUAACGUAGUAAUAUUAAAACUUAAAUGAAAGUUAUUUUUGAUAUGUGUGUCUGGUGUUAAUUGCUUCUGGCUACGUUGGCCAUU